AUGUUUACUUCCGACGAAUGGUUGCAAUCAAAAGGAGCCAAAGAAGCUAAGGGGAAGAAAAUAUCGAAUAUUGUUCUUAUGCCUACAUUUUGGAGUGAUGUUGUUUAUGCUUUAAAGGCUAUGGGGCCUAUUGUACACGUGUUGAGGUUGGUAGAUAAUGAAAAAAAACCGGCAAUGGGUUACAUUUAUGAAGCAAUGGAGAGGGCUAAGGAGGCAAUUCAAAUUUCUUUUAAUCAUAAUGAAGAAAAAUAUAAGGAUAUAUUUGCAAUUGUUGAUAGAAGAUGGGAUUGUCAACUCCAUCAUCCGUUGCAUGCAACAAGAUAUUAUCUAAAUCUUGAGUUUUAUUAUAAAAAUUCAACAAGAAUGGGUGCUGAUGAAGUGGUGGAUGACCUUUUCAAAUGUAUUGAUAGACUUUGUGAAAAUAAUGACAUUGUAGACAAUGUUCACAAUCAAUUGGCAAUAUAUAAAAGGGUAGGAGGAAGAUUUGGCAUUCCUGCAACAGUUAGAGCAAGGGUUAAAAUGGCUCCUGCUGAGUGGUGGAAGAUGUAUGGAGGACAUACACCACAUUUGCAAAUUGUUGCCAUUAAGGUACUAAGCUUGACGUGUAGCUCAUCUGGUUGUGAGCGUAAUUGGAGUACCUUUGAGCAUAUUCACUCAAAGAAGAGAAGUAAGCUUGAGCACCAAAAGCUUCAAGACUUGGUUUUUAUUAAAUAUAAUCAAGCUCUUCAAGAACGCUUUGAGUGUCAAGAUCCAAUUGAUCCAAUUGCUUUGAAUGAAGUUGAUGAUAACAAUGAAUGGAUGUUGGGAGAAGAAAAUGAUGAGGAUGAAUUUGAAGAUGACUUGGUGUUUGAUGAUGAUGUUUUGACUUGGAGAGAUGUUGCCCAAGCAAGUGGUGCCGGUGAACCUUUGAAAUACACUAGGAGACAAACACAAGUGAACAAGACAUCAACAAUUGCAUCUACAUCCAAGAAAGAUAAAGGAAAAAAAGUGAUGGAAGUACUAGAAGACGAGGAUGAUGAUGUAGAGGAAGAAGAAGAAUAUAAUUCUAAUGCUAGUGGGAGUGAUGAAUUUGAGGGAGAGGAAGACUUUAAUCUUGAUGAGGAAGAAGAUUAAACUAUAAUGUUUAAUUUUUUACUUACUUAGAGCUUUAACACUUUGUUUUGGAGACAUUUUAUAUUAUGUAUUGUUUGAGUACUAUGAACUUUUAAUUAUUAAAAAUGUUUAAUGCAUGAAUUUA